ACACAUCUGACCAGCCAACCCACCCACCAACCCACUUUCCAGCUUCAAGAUUGUCCUUUUAUUACUCUUGUAAAAAACCCAUCGCCGGAGUUUAACCCUCAGCCGCCGCUUACUUCACUGGUAGCAAUUCUCUACUUACUGAUGGAUGACUACUUGGGUCUCUUCGUGAAGGAGACCAAUCUGUAUAAUCAAAUAGUGCUCGGUGGUUUACUGCCGGAAAAGCUGUGGACCCCACUUCCACACUUCGUCCAAGGGUGGCUGCGUAACUACAUUGCCGCCACUCUUAUUUACUUUAUCUCCGGCGUCCUCUGGUGCUCCUACAUCUAUCACAUUAAGCGUAAUGUUUUUGUACCCAAAGAUGCAAUUCCUUCAAGAAAAGCAAUGCUUUUACAAAUAUAUGUAGCAAUGAAGGCGAUGCCAUGGUAUUGUGCUCUUCCUACAAUCUCUGAGUACAUGGUUGAAAAUGGACGGACAAGAUGCUUUUCAAGAAUAAGUGACGUUGGAUGGGCUUCAUACAUUUGGAAUUUUGGGCUUUAUUUCUUAAUUGUAGAAUUUGGGAUUUAUUGGAUGCAUAGAGAGUUGCAUGAUAUUAAGCCUCUUUACAAAUAUCUUCAUGCAACUCAUCAUAUCUACAAUAAGCAAAAUACACUUUCUCCAUUUGCUGGAUUGGCAUUCCACCCAAUAGAUGGAAUUCUGCAAGCAUUACCACAUGUGAUUGCUCUAUUUAUAGUGCCUACACAUUUCACAACACACAUUGUGCUUUUAUUUCUGGAAGCUAUAUGGACAGCUAACAUUCAUGAUUGCAUUCAUGGAAAAAUUUGGCCAGUAAUGGGGGCAGGAUACCACACAAUUCAUCAUACAACAUAUCGUCAUAAUUAUGGGCAUUACACAGUGUGGAUGGAUUCCAUGUUUGGUACCCUUCGUGAUCCUUUGGAAGAAGAAGAAGCUAAGAAUAUAUGAUUGUGACCAAUUUCAAUUGUAAAUAUUCGAUUUCAUGGUUUAAAUUAGAUUAAUUUGAUCAAUAGAACUGUUAGAUAUCUUUAUGUGUUUGUUGGACCAGAUCCAUGUAUUUUAUUUUCCUUUUUUUUUGUGGGUUGUGUAGAAUGAUAUGGUGAUGUGUGGUCAAGAAUCAUGAUCCCCUUGUUUCUGCUAUAAGAUUUUUGCUAAAAAAGAGGUGGUAGUGAAUUGGUUUGUUGGCAUUUUCUUCAUGCAUUUUUUCAUGUUAUUAGACUUGGUG